AUGGAGGGGGGAAGAAUAGGCCUCAGCGGGGUGAAGGAAGAAGACCAGGAGGGGGAGGAGGUCGCGGCACGCGGAAUGACCGUCCUUGCGGCCAGUGUUGGCGGACGAGCGAGGAGGCGAGCGAGCGAGGGUGAUAUGCGCGGCAUGGUGCGUUUCUACUGUAGAGCGUUCGUGGACGCCAUCCGCGCCAAUGACCCCGCUCAGCACCGCGGUUCUCGCGGCAGUGACCUCUCUUUCGCGUCCUCCAUCUCGCCCUCCACAUCUGCUUCAUCCUUUGGCGCUCGAUCACUCACCGCUAGUACUAUAGCAGCGCGUCCGACCUCUGCCGCGUCCUCCUCGUCUGCGGUCAGCGCUGGGAACGUCAGGACACCGGCAUCCUCGAGCGGGAGGGUCUCUGCGCGUCCGCCCAGCCGCCAGUCAGAUGUCUUCACGCGGAGCGUGAGCAGGGCUGGUCGAUCGUUCGAAGUGGACGAUAAUGUCCGGAUCGAGUCCCUCGGCUUCGAGGGUAUCCUCAGGUACCUCGGAGAAAUCGAGGGCAAGCCUGGCCUUUGGGCUGGCGUCGAGCUCAGUGGCGGGUUCGCCGGCAAGGGUAAGAAUAAUGGCGCUGUAGCUGGACGACAAUAUUUUACUUGUCCACCGAAUUGUGGCGUCUUCGUGGCCUCCACCAAAUUGUCCGCGCCCACCGUUGGGAUAUCCCGACCCUCCUCCGUUGCGUCGACCCUAUCCAACGGACGGGUCACCCCAUCAAUAGGGAACGGCCGGGUAACACCUUCGAUAGGUAACGGUCGAGUGACGCCUGCCGCCUCGACUGGACGUCGUACACCUGGUAUCCCUACCCCUUCAGCGCGUCCGCGUCCUUCGGCUACUACUGCACGGACAUUGACAAAUAUCACGCCUGGAUCUCGCGCCUCGAAGUACGUAGGAAUGACUGCGAAGCAGCUCACUUCGAGGACAUCGACGGGGAGCCCUGCGCGUGGGACAGGGUCCGCUAGCCCCACAAGAUCAACGGGUUUCGGCUCCCCUGUACAUGCUUCCAGACAACUAUCCUCUCCUACCCGUAGCCUCACCGGGUCUCCAUUCAAUACGCCGAAGGCCCUGGGCAUGGCAAGGCCAUCCGGUAUCGGAAUAGGCAUGCCGUCCACUACCCCCUCCAAGACCCGCCAAUCACUCAGCAAUACACCGCGCGCACGUAUACCGAGUGCGAUAGCCAUGCCCCCACCAGCAUCUCCGUCUAGUACUACACUUUCAAGCCGUUCUGUAUCCCUCAAUGGCCCCCAGACACCCAUAGAUCCACUACCACUCACUGACCUGGAGUCGAACGGCAAGGCUCUGCAGGAUCGCAUCGCGGGACUUCUGUCCAGCAAGACACCGUCGAGUCCACGACCAGAGUCUCGCACGUCGUCGGGUGGCUCCACGCACUUGGUCGAGAUGCAGAGUCAGCUAGAGCGCAUGCAAGCGCGCUUGGACGCUGCAGAAGACGAGAGUCAACGACUGCGCACCCGGGCGGAUGGUGCAGAACGGGAGGCCUCGCAGCGAAUCGAGUCGCUCGUCGCAGAGCGCGACAGGCAUGCCACGCGGGUCGCAGAGCUCGAGGCAGCCGCUCGCACUGCAGAGCGUGCGCUCACGGAGCGCGACGCGACGGUGGAGGCACUCCAGCGCACGGCGGAUCAAGCUGCGCGGGACGUCGACAAGGCGCGGGCGGACGGCGAAGCCCGACUGCGCGACGUGCAGAGCAAGCUCGACGAUCGUGACGCCCUUAUCGUGCAGCUCAAGGAGGCCGUUGAGGUGCGCGAGGGCGAGCAGAGCGAGAGCGCGGCCGUGGUCAAGGCGAAGAACACGGAGAUCGCACUGCUCGAGGCGCGCGUCGAGAAGGCAUACGCAGAGCUCGAGGAGGAGCGCCGUGAGCUCGGUGCGCAAGUCGAUGAGCUGCGCCGGGCAGGUCAGGAAACGAUCGCGCUGUACGAGGAGCGCCUGAGCGCGGCGGACAGCCGGAGAUACGAGCUCGAGGAUCUCGUCGCUUCGCUGGAGGAGCAAGUGCGCAACCAAGCGCGUCCGCCCUCCCCCGGCACCAUGGCGCGCCAGGCAACGUCAGCCGCGGAGAUCGACAACGAAAUGCUGCGGGACCAGGUCUCGCACCUGCAGAAGAAGCUCGCUGCGGUCGAAGACACGCUCGAGGACCUGCGCGCGGCCAACGAGCGCGACGAGGUCGCGGUACACGAGCGUAUCAAGCGCUACAAGGACCGCGAGGAGGCGAUCCGCAAGGAGCUGGCCGAGCGCCGGGAGGAGUCGGAGCGCGUGCUGAAGGCGGAAGAAAAGGCGCGCGACCGCGUGGAGGAGAUGGAGGAGGCGCUCCGCGAGAACACCGUUGCCUUAGAGAAUGCGCGCGCGGAGAUCGAGACGCUGCGAAACGAGAUUGCGGAUCUGGAAGGCCUUGCAGCGACGGCGAGCACGUCUGCGGAGAAGCUUGCCGAGCUUGCGCCCCGUGCCAACAGCGAGCGCGCGAAGCUUCAGGAAGAGAUUGCGGAGCUCAAGCAGCAGCUUAUGCAGGCGCGGGCGAUCAAUGGCGACCAAGGCGGUCUAUCAGACGAACUAUACUCGUUACAAGAAGACAGGCAGACGCUUCAAGAGUCGCUCAAGCGCACGCAGGCCGAGCUUGCGGACGAGCGAGGUGUGGUCGAAGAGCUUCGUGCACUCGCGAACGGGCGGGCAGCGGAAUUGGAGCUUGUCCGCAAGAAGCUCAAUCGCGACGCCCCCGUCAACGGCUUCGAGUCUCGGCCACCGCCGUCUCCAUCGUCGAAGCACGAUUUGGCCGCGGCACGCGAUGAAAUCACCGGGCUCAAGCAUAUCGUGCAGGAAUUGCAGAAGGAGAACGCGGCGUCUGCACAGCGGCUGAGGUCCCUUGAGGCGGAGAACAAGCUUCUGCUCUCGGAGACAGAGCAGCUUCGCGAAGAUAUGAAAUCGCUUGAAGAAGAUGUGGAGCGGAGUAUCGCGAGAGAAGAAGCGAUGCUCUCCGGAGAGAACCCGCCCUCGCCGGGGACACCGUCACUGGAUGACAUUCAGGCGCUGCAGCGUAGUUAUAAGGAACUCAAGACCAAGUAUGAGACCGAGGUCGAGCAGCUUCGCAAGAGGCUUGCAGAUGUUGAGAUGAAGAGCGCGCGACAAAUUCAUGAUCUCAACAAGGAGAUUGGCGAGCUUGAAUCGCUUAUUGAAUCCAAGAUCUACCGAGAGGACGAGCUCGAACGGGAAGUCGAGCGGCUCAGGGACAAAGUCUCUCGGAGUCAAAGGAAGUCCUCCAAGACGGACCUGCCCGAGGAUCCUAUGCAUCGUCCUGCGUCUUCGGCGUCGACAUUAUCGUCCAACCUGGGCCAGACCGGCGAAGAGGUUUGCGAGAUCUGCGAGAGGCCGGGCCACGAUAUCUUUACGUGCGACCUUCUCAAGGAGGACGCCCCGUCGCGGAUGUCAAGCAGGCUGAGCACUGUGUCAACGGACGACAUGUCCGAAGUCAUCUGUGAGGACUGCGAGGAACGCGGGCAUACCGCCGCGAACUGCCCAAACUCGCUGGACGUUUUCUAG